GAAUUUAUUUGCAAUGAAGCACGUCGGUUCAAUUUCUCAUUUUCUAAUCGAAUAACGGUCUUUAAACUAUUGACACGCAUACGAGUACGGACUUUACAUGCACUAGUAUACAUAUGUGAAUUUGUGGAUGUUUUAAGUUUCUUGAAUAAUUAUAUAACAUAUAGAGCACAAGAAUGCACGCGAAGUCGAAAUCGGCGAUUUUCAAUAAACGCUAUCGGAGACAAAUUCUCGCCACCCUAACAGAACAUAUUAUGACCUUCGCUCAUGCUGCAGGUUUAGGCUGGCUCUCACCUACAUUAAAUAUUCUUCAGUCUCCUGCUUCGCCGUUAGAUUUUCCAGUUACUACCGAGGACGCUUCUUGGAUUGGUUCCACCUUUGGUUUGGGUUUCAUAGCAGGAAAUGUAUUCUUUGGACUCACCAUGGAUCACUUUGGCCGCAAACUGAAUAUGUACAUUUUGGCUUUCCCCCAUAUGAUUUUCUGGAUACUCAAUUACCUGGUACAAAGUGUUGAAUAUUUGUAUGUAGGACGUUUUUGUGCGGGACUAGCUAGUGCUGGUAUCUUUCUGGUUGUGCCGGUCUAUAUAAGUGAAAUAACCGAUAAGGACAUACGCGGUGCCCUCACAGCCAUGGCUAUGAUGUUCUUCAGCACCGGUUUGCUAUCCGGUUAUAUAUUGGCCACCUAUCUCGACUACUACUUAAUACCCUGUAUCAUUGUAGUGCUGCCUAUUAUUUAUCUCGUGGGAAAUUUGUUCCUUCCAGAGACUCCACAGUGUUUAUUGAAACAUGGUCGUGAGAAGGAGGCGAAGUUGUCCUUCAACUUCUAUAAAAAUAUUGAACCACAGGAUAAAAUGCAAUGCUUUGCUACGCAACCCUCUGUGGCAAUUAGUGAAUUCAAAGAACUGAAGACAGCUAUUGAGCUAGGAGGUCUCUCAGCGCCUGUUACACUCAGGGACUUCUUUAACAGAUCGACGUUAUUCAAUUUCUUCACCGCCGCAAUUUUGUGCUUACUGAAUCAGCUGUCUGGUAGCUUUGCCAUCAUCAACUACAUGGCGAAUAUAUUUGCCGCCUCUGGUUCGACAAUUGAUCCAAACGUUAGCGCCAUCGUUAUGGGAUUCGUACAAAUAUUGGGCUCACUGUCGGCCACGGUGUUGGUGGAACGUUUCGGACGUCGACCACUGCUUCUAUCAUCGGCUGUUGGCAUGAUGGCGGGCAUGUACAGUUUCGGUGCAUUCGUACAAUUUACCGACGCAGAAACGAAGGCCGCCUACAACUGGGUACCAAUUGUAUUCAUGAUGUUGGUGGUGUUUACGGCCUCCUAUGGGGUUUUUGGUAUAUUUUUCACCAUCGUCGUGGAGAUGCACCCGGCAAAGAUACGGGUCCAGGCUUUAUCUAUUUGUAUGUUAUUUAACAGCAUUUUAGUAUUUAUAACACUGAAGUUGUAUCCAUUUUUCCUAUUUGAAUUGGGUAUUACCGUUACUAUGUACUCCUGUGCGAGUGUUUGUGUGGCUGCUGGUAUUUAUCUGUACAUCUUUCUUCCGGAGACGAAAGGCAAAUCAAUGGAUAAGGAUUUUUUAAAGUAUUUUUGCGCAACUUUUCGAUAUUUCCCGGUUCGUAUUAAUGACAAAAUGUUGGAGAAUAAAUUUAUAAUUUUAAGGAAACAAUAUCGCAUGCAGAUAUUAGGCGCGCUUACAUUUCAAAUUAUGAAUUUCGCGCAUGGCUUCGUCACGGGAUGGCUGUCACCCAUUGUACAAAUUAUACAAUCAACUGAAACACCGUUAAGUUUCUCUGUUACCGUUCAAGAAAUAUCCUGGAUUGGUUCAAUGUUUGGUUUUGGCUUUUUGACUGGCAACAUUUUGUUUGCGAUAACCAUAAAUCGCUUUCCACGCAAAUUUAACUUGUAUAUAUUGGCUUUCCCGCAUAUGCUUUUCUGGAUACUGGCUUACUUUGUACAAAAUAUCGACUACCUAUAUGCAGGGCGCUUCCUUGCUGGUGUCACUGGUGGUGGGUUGUUCGUGAUCGGAUCGAUUUUCCAAAGCGAAAUUUUAAACAAAGACAUACGUGGCGCUAUUAUGUCCAUGGGAAUGGUGUUCCUCAGUGGUGGCACUGUAAUGGGUUUCGUACUGCCAACCGUAUUCAACUACUAUGUAAUACCCUGUAUCGCAUUGUUCUUUCCAACGGUAUUUUUAAUAGCACUGUGCUUCUUUCCGGAGACGCCACAAAGCUUGCUCAAAAGCAAUAACAUUGCAGCCGCCAAAGCCGCUUUUGAUUUUUAUAACGGCAUUGAAAAUGAGAGCAAUCGUACAUUGGAUCCAAGCAAUGAAACAUCGCAAAGGGUUGAAAGUGAAUUCGAAGAGCUGAAAUCGAAUAUUUUAAAGGGUGACUCCAGCCAAUCUAUCACAAUAUACGACUUUUUGACUAAAUCUGCACUCAAAGCGUUUGCUCACGGUUCUGUGCUGUGCAUUCUGUAUCAGUUGUCGGGCUGUUUUGCUUUUCUCAACUAUAUGACCUCGAUAUUUGCCGCCUCUGGUUCGGUAAUGGAUCCGUACUUCUGCACAAAUAUUGUUGGCGUCUCACAUAUUAUUGGCUGUUGCAUUGCCACAGUACUGGUGGAGCGUAUAGGCAGGAGAGCGCUUAUAUUUUUAUCGACAAUAGGCAUGGCAGUUGGCAUGAUUGCUUUUGGCGUCUUUCUCCAGCUAGCUGAUGCCCAGAUGUUGAAGGUGUAUUAUUGGGCGCCACUGGUUUUUAUGUUGAUUGUGGUCCUUCUAACAGCUAGUGGACUUUUUGGCACAUUCUAUAUUACUCUCGUUGAAAUCUUGCCGGCAAAGAUUCGUAAUCUGGCAUUACCAAUGGCAAUGACUGUAUUUAGUUUGUUACUAUUCAUCAUACUGAAGAUCUACCCAUAUUUCCUAUUUGAACUGGGAGUACCCACUACUAUGUACAGUUCGGCAUCGAUAUGUGUGAUUACCACUAUAUAUCUGUAUAUAUUUUUACCAGAAACGAAAGGAAAAUCUAUGAACGCAAUGAAUUAAUAUUUUAGUAAUAUUUCGUCUAUAUUUAAAGAUUCAUCUUGCACAUAAAUAGUCAACAUAUAAAAUAUAUGCAAUAAAAUCGGGUACUGCUUGAA